AUGUCGUCAAAACCGUCAUACGCCCAUCUCCUUCCUCCAAGUUGGAAGACUCAAAUCUCCCAAUGGCUCGAAGAAGACACGCCGUCCUUUGACUACGGAGGAUUCGUCGUUGGAGAGGUUCCCCGGACUGCGUUUCUCUUCGGGAAGGGCAAGGAACCCGCGGUUCUAGCGGGCUCCCCAUUCGUCACAGAGGUCUUUGAGCAGCUGGGCUGCACAAUUGAAUGGCAUGUCGAAGAAGGCGACGUAUUCGAACCCAUCAAGCAUGUCGCUACAGUCAACGGCAAAGCAAGGCACCUCCUCAUCGGGGAGCGAGUUGCUCUGAAUCUGCUUGCCAGAUGUAGUGGAAUCGCCACAAAGUCCAAACGAAUCAAGGACCUCGCUAGAGGUUAUGGAUACAAGGGUAUCAUCGCAGGAACCAGGAAAACCACCCCUGGCUUCCGUCUGGUGGAGAAAUAUGGCAUGUUGGUGGGAGGCAUCGAUCCACACCGACACGACUUGUCAAGCAUGAUCAUGCUCAAGGACAACCACAUCUGGUCGUGCGACAACUCUAUCAAAAAGGCGAUCGAACUUGCACGCUCUGUCGGCGGAUUCUCCCUGCUUCUUGAUGUCGAGGUCCGAACUGAAGCUGAAGCUGACGAAGCUAUCGAGGCCGGUGCCGACGUUGUUAUGCUUGACAACAUGGAAGGGGACGAGCUGCUCCAAGUUGCAAGACGCUUGAAAGAGCGUUGGGGUGGCAAGCGUAAAUUCCUUUUGGAAAGCAGUGGAGGCAUUACGGAGGAGAACUUGCAGGAGCGUGCGAUUAACGAAAUCGACAUCUUCAGCACAAGCGCUGUUCACCAGUCUGUUCCUCACGUGGAUUACAGCCUCAAGAUCCAGAGACCCAAAGAUCUGGCCUAAAGGUGUGACGGUAGAGUACAUUGGGUAGCCAUAGUAGACGAGCGCUUGCAAUCCAAGCAGGCCAGGGAACA